AUGGGCAAAUACUCACUAGAUUUAAUAUAUCUCCAGUCUCCAGCUAUCCAGGUCAAGCAUCAAGAUUCCGAUCUCCCCACCAUGGUUAUAGGUAUAAAAAGCAUUAUGGGCAUAUACUCACUAGAUUUAAUAUAUCUCCAGUCUCCGGCCAUCCAGGUCGAGCUUCAAGGUGCUGAUCUCCCAUUAUAUGGUUAUAGUGUGUUUAUGAUCUGGCUACACAAUAAAAAAUUUGUUUUCCUUCCAGUGCGACAGUCCAAGCCAGCCAUCAUGGAUCCUAUAUCCGUCCAGUGUUACAGUGUCCGUGCAGUCAAAGUCAAAUUCAACAGUGAUCUUAGGGGACAGGGGUUUUUGGCUAUGGGAACGGGGGGUAACGGCACCACACAAUUUAAGGUGACUAUCAUUCCAAUUUCUCGGGAAAAAUAA